AUGAAGGGGAGACCUGCUGUACUUUUGCUGCUAUUAUGCGUCUAUAGUAUGACGGAUGCACUGUAUUUUAAUGUACGACAAAAGGACGAUCGUUGUUUUCUAGUGGAUGUUCCGGCCGAAACGACAAUUCGAGCCGAGUAUGAAUCUCCAGAUACGACUGAUGUGAUGAAGACAAUACUAGCGUUCUAUGCUCCAAAUUUGAGCGAGAGGAAGGAUCAAAACACCUUGGUGAAGAAGAAAAGUACGAGCCAAAAGGGUUCCAUGUCGUUCACAGCGCAGCAGAACGGGAUCCAUUCGGUUUGUGUUAGUCUUGACACAUCAAAUUACGCCCUGCCUAAGGAUGCGUCAAUGCGAUUUACGCUGAAAUUAGUGAUGGGCACGAGCCACGAGGAAUACCAGAAUCUCGCAAAGAAAAACCAGGUGGAUGAUCUUCAUUUGGACAUUAUGAAAUUGCGCGACCGUAUGACGGCUAUCCAGCGCAAUCAGGACUAUGCCCAGAAUAAAAGCUUGACGCUACAAUCUUCGAUCGAAAGCAACAACCAGCGCGCCACAUGGGUUUCGUUGUUGCAGAUUGCUAUCCUGCUUGUGGCCAGCUUCUAUCAGGCGAGAUACCUCCAAGCAUACUUCCACAAGAAGAAGCUUGUGUAA